AUGGAGCUGGCCGCGGCGGCUGCCUUGCGCUGGGCUUCGGAGCAGCCUGCCGCUGUCCUGCCGGCGCAGCUGUCCAAAGCAGAAAUGACUGAAGAGCAACUGGCUGAUGUCAGUGGAGCAGAUAGUGCUGAGACGUACAGUGACAAAGACACAGACCAAAGGAGCUCCCCUGAUUUGACAAAGGCCCGGAGCAGUUUCACUCCAGAGAGCCCUGAAAUUGUUUCUGUUGAUGAAGUUGGUUAUGCUGUCCAGAAAAACAGUGGAAACGCUGACAGUAGACCUGAGAGUCCCAAGUACCAAUCAGAGCAAAACCACCUCCUGAUUGAGGGUCCAUCUGGGACGGUUUCUCUGCCUUUUGGUUUGAAAGCCAACCGGCCACCCCUUGAGGUGCUAAAAAAGAUUUUCCCCAACCAAAAGCCAACGGUGCUUGAAUUGAUCUUGAAAGGUUGUGGGGGAGACCUGGUGAGUGCUGUUGAAGUCCUCCUGUCAAGCAGAUCCUCUCUAUCAGGGGGAGACAGAACUGCCGAAUCAGAAAGUCUGGUUCUGCCUUCGAACGGGCACCUCUUUGAACACACCCUAAGUUCCUAUCCCAUUUCUUCCUCAAAGUGGUCUGUAGGGUCUGCUUUUAGGGUCCCAGACACACUGAGGUUUUCUGCUGAUACUAGUAAUGUUGUGCCAAAUCCACUGGCUGUACCUUUACAGCAUCCAUUCCCGCAGCCACCCCGGUAUCCCUUGAUGCUGAGGAAUACUUUGGCCAGAAACCAGUCCAGUCCAUUUCUACCCAAUGAUGUUACUUUGUGGAACACCAUGACGCUCCAGCAGCAGUAUCAGUUGAGGUCUCAGUAUGUCAGCCCUUUCUCCACUAACUCUACCAGUGUCUUCAGAAGUUCUCCUGUCCUUCCUACACGCCCAUCAGAAGAUCCCAGGAUCUCAAUCCCUGAUGAUGGAUGUCCAAUUGUGUCCAAACAGCCUCUUUAUACAGAAGAUGACUACGAUGAAAGAUCUGACUCCUCAGACUCUAGAAUACUAAACACAUCCUCCUAGAAUGACAUUUUCCUGUUUUAUUCUGCAGUGUAGCGGGACUGCUGGGCACCAAGAAAAAGGAACUACAGUACUGUCCUUUUCAUUGUAUAUUAAAAAGUUACUAUGCUUAUUACUAUCUUUUAGCAAUAAAGUUGUAACUUAUUUUAUUUCUUGCACUUCACUGGAAAAUGCCAAAUAGCUAAUAUUUAAUGGCUUUCAUGCUGAAUGUUCAUUACAGAAAUAAAAGGAAUAAGAUUAAGCAUAUUUGUGAGAAAGAUGCUAGAACAUUUAAAGUGCAGCAAAUAAGUACAGUAUUGCCUUUUAGACAACUGGGAAUGUUGAUAGUAUUGUACUUGAAUGCAGUGUUCAAAGAGAGGACUUCUCAGGAGAUAGGAAAUUAAAAAGCAAAUAAUUCAGUGGUAAAUGGACUAAACAGUGACCUUGUUGACUUUAUGACCGUAAUUAUUCAGGUGUUGAACCAAGAGUCACAAAAUAUCAAGAAUCUGUCAGAGCUUAGAAACAUUAUGGAAACAUUUUGGAAACACCUUAACACUUAUUCUUUCACAUGGCUAAAUAGAAAUAUGUAUAAUGUAAGUGUAAAGCCAAUUACAGCUGUUGCAUGAAAAUGUCUUGUGAGAAAUGAACAUAUGAUUAAACAUUGUCAGCUUAAUGUAGCAUGCUAAGGACAUUGGGGGAAAAAU